UACCCCCCCCCCCCUUUCCCAUCAGUCGCCAUUUCUGGGAUAUUUUUCUCUCUUUCUUUUAAUGUUUCCCUCCCUCUGCGGGAUGAUUCUCUGGGGGUAUGGGCUGCCCUGUCGCCGUCUCCUCCUCCUCCUCCUCCUCAAAAUCUAUCUAAUUUGUGUUUUAAACAAUCGCCUUCGUGCCCAACGCCUCUUUGAUGGAGUGCUUGUUUAAGUGGGGAAAUGCUUGAGGAUUCUAACAGCCUGGUCUGGAAUGUCUGCUCUUGUUCAGGUAUCUUCCAGGACAUCCUCCUCCUCCUCUUCCCUCCUCCUCCUCCUCCUCCCUUUGAAGCGGCUUUUGAACUUUCUUAAGAAAAGUUGAGGCGAGCAGGAAACCAUACAGGGAACUUUUUAUGUGUUUAUACGCUCUAGGCUAUGGGUGGAAGAGGUUGGUGGAAACCUGGCAUUGGGCUGCUCAUUUACUGGAGUGGAGUUUGCAGCUCUUUGCGUGUCUGACGGAGUAGCAGCUUUUUUUUUCUCCCCCUUUUCUUUUCCCUGGAUUGGAUGGUGGAGUUAUGGUGAGCUGGUAAAGAACUUUGGAUGCGCAUUCUUUGCUCUGCUGCCCGAGGAGUAGAGAGCACAGCCCGCUCGCCGUAGAGUUGAAUUGUGUGUUUUUUUUUUAAUGGUGCUCUGUCGUAUGAAAGGGGACCAAUGCAUGAUAAAGAGAGAAGACUCUGAGGAUCCCCUGCUGACUUGAGAAAGAAAAGAGAGAGAGAGAGAGAAGCACACAGAUUGCUGAGGAACUUAAAAAGGAAAAAAAAAAAAGAGAGAGAGAGAGAGAGAGCUGUAUCAGAAGGAACUCCCGGGAACCAUGAGCAGCGCGGCAUUGCUGACUCACCUCCCAGACCCCAGCAGCAGCUUCAGGGAAGAUGCCCCACGCCCCCCUGUACCAGGGGAAGAAGGAGAGACACCAUGCCAUCUGGCUGCCAGUUUCUUUGCCCUAAAAAACCAAAGCUUCAAGGCCAUGUCUGUUUCUUCCACACCCAGGAGGAAUGAAGAUGGUCUUGGGGAGCCAGAAGGCAGUGCAUCUCCGGAUUCUCCUCUAGCCCGAUGGACCAAAUCUUUGCAUUCUUUACUAGGAGAUCAAGAUGGUGCUUAUCUCUUUCGGACCUUCCUGGAAAGGGAGAAAUGUGUGGAUACUUUAGACUUUUGGUUUGCCUGCAAUGGCUUCAGGCAGAUGGACCUUAAGGAUGCCAAAACUUUAAGAGUCGCCAAAGCUAUCUACAAAAGGUACAUUGAGAAUAAUAGCAUUGUCUCCAAGCAACUCAAGCCUGCCACCAAGACCUACAUACGGGAUAAUAUCAAGAAGCAGCAGAUCGAUUCUGUAAUGUUUGAUCAGGCACAGACUGAGAUUCAGACUGUGAUGGAGGAAAAUGCUUACCAGAUGUUUUUGACUUCUGAUAUAUACCUCGAAUAUGUAAGGAGUGGGGGAGAAAACCCUGCUUACAUUAACAGCAAUGGACUGGGCAGCUUGAAAGUGGAUUGUGGCUAUCUCCCUACCUUGAAUGAAGAAGAGGAAUGGAGCUGUGCUGACCUUAAAAACAAACUUUUGCCCUCCAUACUUGGACUGUCCAGUAAGACCUUGAGGGCUACAGCCAGUGUCCGAGCUACAGAAACUGUGGAAAAUGGGUUCAGGUCCUUCAAGAGAAAUGAUCCAGUUAACCCUUAUCAUGUGAAUUCUGGCUAUGUCUUUGCUCCUGCUACUAGUGCAAACGACAGCGAAAUUUCUAGCGACGCUCUGACUGACGAUUCUAUGUCAAUGACCGACAGCAGUGUUGAUGGGAUCCCUCCUUACAGAAUCGGGAGCAAGAAGCAGCUCCAGAGGGAAAUGCAUCGUAGCGUCAAGGCCAACGGGCAAGUUUCUCUACCUCACUUUCCGAGAACCCACCGGCUCCCCAAGGAAAUGACCCCCGUGGAACCUGCCACCUUCGCAGCCGAGCUCAUCUCUCGGUUGGAAAAGCUCAAGCGAGAACAAGAGACCAUGGAUUGCUUGGAAGAGAGGCUGCAGCAAAUCACAGAGGAUGACGAAAAGGAGAUCUCUGACACGCCUGUCGCUGCCCAGGGCAACCGAGAGCUUGUAGCCGUGCAACAUCAGCAGCACCCCCUCACGCUCCUUCCCACCGGCAGCUACGAAGAUGAUCCUCAGGCCAUUCUGGACGACCACCUGUCCCGCGUGCUUAAGACUCCCGGGUGUCAGUCUCCCGGCAUGGGGCGGCAUAGUCCUCGGGCUCGUUCCCCCGACCGACUCCCGGGAGGCAAGUUCCUGCUAGCCACCCCAGGCAAGAACGCCGUGCCUGCGGCUUGUGCUCUUCUCAGCAAAGGAUUUGUCACCAAGCAGACCACCAAGCAUGUUCACCAUCACUACAUCCACCACCACACCAUCCCCAAAACGAAAGAGCAGAUAGAAGCUGAGGCAGCCCAGCGGGUCCAAUGCUUGUGUGCUGGGGGCACUGAUUAUUAUUGCUAUCCAAAAUGUAGAGGACACGCGAAGGGAGCGGACCUUCCUGUCGCUCAGCUGGAGCCAUUUGGCCUCAGCAGAACUGGGACCCUUCCCAAAAGGAACUGUAAGCUCCAGGAUGGCCUCGUCCUGCCAGGUGGAGAAGGAGGUGGUCCCCCUGCCCCACCAGGCAUACCGCUACCCAGUGGGGAAGCCGAUCGCUCCCAGAAUGUCUGGCAGUGGAUGUUGGAGAGUGAAAGACAAUCUAAGCACAAGCCCCAUAGCACGCAAAGCACGAAGAAGGCCUACAAUGCUGACUCCACCAGAGGUGCAUCUGGGGAGCGUCCAGCUCGUCACCACCAGUGGGGCAACAGCAGCCACCCACGGGCUGUGCAACCUGCCCACCCCUUUGUCCAGGAUCCCGCCAUGCCUCCACUGACUCCACCCAACACACUGGCCCAGCUGGAGGAAGCUUGCCGCAGGCUAGCCGAGGUGUCCAAGCCCCAGAAACAACGAUGUUCAACUUCAAAUCAGCUUAGAGAUCGAAACCACUUGGCUUCAGUACCGGGAGGGAACGGCCCUUUCUGCACGACAAACACGGCAUCAGAAGAUCACAAAGAACCAAAGAAACUCCCUGUUGUUCACUCCUCCCAGCCUAGUGAGUUGGUUGUCACUUAUUUUUUCUGUGGAGAAGAAAUUCCCUACAGGAGGCUGUUAAAGGCCCCGAGCCUGACACUUGGGCAUUUUAAAGAGCAGCUGAGCAAAAAGGGAAAUUAUAGGUAUUACUUCAAAAAAGCAAGCGAUGAGUUUGACUGUGGGGCGGUCUUCGAAGAAAUCUGGGACGAUGAUGCCAUUCUGCCAAUGUACGAAGGCAGAAUUCUCGGAAAAGUUGAGAGGAUUGAUUGACUGGUUCUGAUUGACUGGUUCUGAGUGGCAUAGUCUAUGUGAGCAUAUUUAAGAAGAUAUAAGCUAUGGAUGCUGGCCUUUGGACGUAAAACCACCAAGCAAAAUUUUUGAAGGAAGGUUUGAACCCAUGAAGAAGCAACAAAAAAAACAAAUAAACAAACUGAGGUCUAUGUAGACUUUGCCAAAUCAGCCUUAGCAAAAAAAGGAAGAAAAAUAAGAUGUGUCUAUUGAGCUGGAUGCCAAGAUGUUACAACUCUGAACUAUUUAUUAAAAAUAUGGUCGCUCUAGGUGAUUUGAAGAUACAGAUGAUGUUCUGAGAGACUUGCAUAUAGAAAUAUAUGGCUUCCUAACGAUCCUGUACUUAAUGAUUUAGAAACUGUGUAUAGCUUACCUUAUAAUAAUCCUUAUUGAUAUUUAUUGAACAUUCUAGGGUUUUUUUCCUUUAAAUCCAUUUUAUGGAUAUGCUGCUUUAAAAGACGGAGAAAAGAGGGGAUGUGAUGUAAAGAAAAAGGGGUGUUUUAUAUUUUAUUUUUUACAUUAUUUCCACGAUCUAAAUAAAUGUGUCCUUUACUGAAAUGAGCAUUUGUUUCUGCCACCUUAGAAGACCAACUGGAAUUGUACGACCUUCAGUGGUUUUAUUUCUUUGGAAAGGGAUGAGAAAGGAAAAGAUAAGACCUUUCUACAGAGAAGGAUAUUUUGAUCAAUUUUUGUGCAGGGAAAACAUUCCCAAUUGCCUAAAACAAUCUCUAGGACAGUGGUUCUCAACCUGGGGUCCACAGAUCCCUGGAGGGCUACAAAGUCAUCACAGGGAGCUUUGUGAAGGCUCAGAGGAAUGUUAUGAUUUAAAACUUGAGUUUUAAAGUCUCGGUGGUCCAUGGCCACAAAAGGUGUCCUUGGUGGUGAAAAGAUUGAGAACCACUGCUCUAGGAGAUCAGGAGCACUUUGUAGAUCUUCACGCUCUUUCCCUCACCAUCUUUUCCCCAUUCCUAUUUUGGAUUUAAUCAUGCUGCAGAGUAACCAUUCCCUCCUCCGAGACUACCAAAAUUUCCAUAAUUCCAGAAGCCAACAUAGCAAAAGAGCUGGCGGUUUGGAAACUUUAGAAACUGGAGUCCCAAUGUAAUUGGCGAUCACCUGAUUGGACAAUUUGAAUUCUAAUAGAAUUUGAAGCCCACCAUGAUUCUAAUGGGAGGCACUAUGGGAAAGGUACUAUUGCUUUUGGGAUGAGUCCCAAAAAAAGGAAAAUGGGAAAACUGGAUUCCAAAGGGUGGCAGUAAAAUAAAUAUAAAGAUUGUGUGCAGGAGAGGGGACAGACUGCAGGUGUCCACAGUACAUCUGAUUGCCUAAUUACAUACUGUGGGCUGGAGAAAUUGUACACACUCCAGUGCUAAGAGUGUUCUGAUGGAGUAACUAUAACAACAGUAAUUAAAAAACUGUAGGUAAUAAUAACAAGGUUGGGACCUUGUCAGUUAUCCUUGGUAUCAAUAGGCACCGGCAUAGCUUUCUUUUUUGAUAUUGUUUCUGAUGCCUGCUUCAGUCCCUAAGAACUCCCAGAUCAGAACCACGGAAGGAGAAGACAGUAAAUGAAAUCACCCAAUUUACACCUCUAUAGCUAACAGUAAGAUAGUCACCAAAUUUGGACUGUGCUUUUUAUAACAACAACAACAACAAUUACUCUUUCAGGGCACUUUCAGCAUUACAGCUAUAGUGAAAAAGCCAGACUGUGCAAUGGGAUGCCCAUCUUAACUGUAACUACCACUCAAGGGUAUGGAAACUAUGAAAUUGGUGCCUCGUAGCAACUCUGGACAGCUUGAAGUUCCUGCAGGGUUAAAAUAUAAUUGUGGAUGCACCAUCAUUAUGAUGGUAGUUGUUCCCCAGAAAUAUUACAAAAACCAAUAAAUUGGUGGGUGGUAACCUUCCAGGUUUUAUCCUUUUGGAUAUCUCAGCAUCUUUCAGUUGCUUCCUGGACCAUGAAUGGUGGAUAAGCUAGCUGGCUUCUGAGACUAUGUCCGGAAGAGCUGUUUCAAAGCAAGCUGCCACAGUAUGUAUGUGUUGUGUAUGUAUGUCUUGGAUGUUGGCUGAAAUAUGCAGAACAAUUCUCCUCUAUCUUGAUUGUAUGCACUGGAACAAAGAAACGCCGUCUCCUAACUUAGAAAUACAUUUAACUUCAACUUUGUGUGUUUGUUUGUGUGUGUGUGUGUGUGUGUGUGUGUUUAAUAUGUGCAUUUUCUGACAAUGUUACAUUUUGUUUGUACAAUAUGAUGUAUAUAAUGUAAAAAACGGGAUGGGGAAAAUACUGUUAAUAGAGGCUCUCUAGUGUGUGUGUUUUUUAAGGAAAAAAACCACACUUCAAUCAGUACAGUACCUGUGCCUGCAUGGUAUUAAUAUGCCAUGUUUUGCCCUGUGUUCAGGGUCCAUACUCUCCCUUUGUUGUUUAAGGGGUUUAUGUAUAGUAUAUUUUAUGCCUUUUUACUACAAUUCUUGUACUUUAUGACUUUUGCCAUGAUGUUUGUUCUACUUAAACUGUAAAUUAUGCAUUAUAAAGAGUUUCAUUUAAAGAAAAAAAAUACUUGGUACAAUAAUUAUUGUAAUUAAGAGAUGUAGCCUUUAUUAAAAUUUUUUAUAUUUUUCAAAUUAAUAAAA